CAUUCUUAACUAUAGAAAUUUUAUGAAUAGUGAAUAUGUUCUAUACUACAUGUGUGAGAAGUGUCUUCCACUAAUAGGGUCUCCGGGUGAAAACUUAUAGCGCAAAAAAAUCCAUAAUUGUCACAGUAGCCCGCUUGGUGGAAAACAUCAUCUGAAGAAGAUCCCAUUACAACAUCUCUUACGCCAUUAAAAUCACAACUUAAAUGUUGGAUUGAGCUCAGAUAAGGAAACUUCCCAAGUUCAACAUGGAGAAAUUUCUCAGACUGUUCCAAAUCUGAACCAAGAUGCUGUGGUUGAGGACAAUGAUUCAACCAACACACCAAAUGACAUGCAGCCGCCCCAACAAUUCACUUUUACUUCUCUGUUGAACGAAGCUAGUGAUGCAGCUGAAGAACAGAAAUUUUUGGAUUUGGAAUCUACAUUUCCUAAGACUGAACAAGAAGUGGGGGAACAAGUAGGCCUUACUGAUGCAAAUAAAGUUGCUGCAGAAUAUGAUUCUACAUUAUUUCUUCAAAUUUCAUCUUCAAGUGAGCAACCUUCAGAUGCAAUUUCCAACAUGAUGAGCCAUAAUGUUACAGAUCCUCAGAAAAAUCUGGGAAAGCAACCCGCUGAAGAUAGGCGCCCUUUAAAACGAACUAUUGAAGUUGGAGAGUCUUCCUCUGCUAAACAACAAAAGAAGGAUUCGCCUGUACCUGCUGCAAAUGAAGUGAUAGAAGAGAAGAACAACAACUCUUCAAAUCAAUCCUCUGAACAUAUUUCAAUGCAAAUUUUGAAUUCUCUUUAUGAUCCCGCAUUCGAGGCUGUGGGUCUUCCAAUUGAUCCCAAUAUUCGAUUGAUGAAAGCAUUGCACGAUCCAACGAAUGCAGAUCCAGCAAACGAUUCGUUUUACUCAUUCAUAUGAAGAAUGCUGGAAUUUCAGGGAGAAGAUUGAUAAAUUCAAAUGGUCUAAAUUGAAAUCUUCUUAUACCAAUUAUUAUUCUUCAAUCAAUUAAUUGAAGAUGGAAUUAUUUCUAUCCUUAUUGGUUUUCAUCCGGAGUGCACUAAAUAGUGUGCAUAUUUAUUUAUUUAUUUUUUUUUAAGAAGAGAUGGUAAAUUUCAUCAUAAUUAAUUUACACAACUGUGAAGUUCUAAGUUCAAACCUGUAAUAUCAGCGUUUGUGAUUUAACUAAGACUUAAGGGCUCAUGCAUACUUAUUUAUACAUCAU